UUUUAAUUCAGAAAAUCAUAUAUAUCCACUGAGCUACUGAGCCACAUAACCUCCAUUGUCAGCCAUGGCCGUCCCCUGAAACAAAGCUUCCAUAUAAAAUCGCCAAAAUCUCACCAAAAUUUCGAGAUUUUAUCCAAUUUCGUUCAAAAAUUCGGUCAGUUUCUCAUCAUGAUCUCGUUGGAGGAUUCCAAAUCCUGCUCCGGCGGCACGCACCGGUGCCCCCUCACGCGGCCGUACUACUACUACACCCCGCCGCCGUCCUCCGCCGCGGCGACCCGGUCCUUCGGCCGUUCCAUGCGCAGAAUACGGUCCAACAUGUACAGAUCCGGCCCGGCCCCCGAGAGCUCCCCCAACGUCUCCGAAGACCUCACCGACUCUGUCAUCGACCUCGAGCUCGGCGAGCUCGCCGUUAAACCGUCUGGAGGUUCGAAAAACUCGCCGCUCUCCGACAUCAGCGAUAUUUUGGAUAUCUCGCGCUCGUUCAGCGAUUUAUCGGCGUGCUCCAGCGACAUCUCCGGCGAGCUCCGGCAUCUUGCUGCUCUACCCGACACUGACACGAACCAGCGGCGGAGCUUGGGGACGGAAUCGGAAACCGAACCGGAGCCGUGUUCCGGGUUUUUAGAGAGGGAGACGUUUUCGACGGAGAUAAUUGAGAGCAUCUCUCCGGAGGACCUCCAGCCGACGGUGAAACUCUGCGUCGACGCCCUCCGGUCAACAUCUACCGCUCUGAAAAGAUCGGCGGCGGCUAAAUUGCGCCUCCUGGCGAAAAAUCGGGCGGACAAUCGGGUCCUAAUUGGGGAAUCCGGAUCCAUACCCGCUUUGAUUCCUCUACUACGAUGCCCCGACCCGGAUACCCAGGAGCACGCCGUCACGGCCCUGCUCAACCUCUCCCUCCACGACGGCAACAAAACCCUAAUCGCCGCCGGCGGCGGCGCAAAAGCCCUAAUCUACGCCCUACGGACGGGCACCGAAGCAUCGAAGCAGAACGCCGCCUGCGCCCUCCUCAGUCUGGCCGCGACGGACGAGGCCAGGCUCUCGAUUGGCGCGUGCGGCGCGAUUCCGCCGCUGGUGGCACUGCUUGCCGGCGGGUCCAGCCGGGGGAAGAAAGACGCGCUCGCCGCGCUGUACAAGUUGUGCACGGCGGCGCCGAACAAGGAGCGGGCGGUGGCGGCCGGGGCCGUGGGGCCGCUGGUGGCGCUGGUGGCGGCGGACGGGAGGAAGGAAGGACUGGCGGAGAAGGCGGCGGUGGUGCUGGGCAGUCUGGCCGGGGUUGAGGCGGGGCGGGAGGCGGUGGUGAGGGAGAACGGGAUCGCCGCCCUGGUGGAGGCGUUGGAGGACGGCGAGGAUAGGGUGAAGGAAUUCGCAGUAUCGACCCUGUUGCAGGUGUGCGGUGAGAGUGUGUUGAACAGGGGAUUGGUGGUGGCGGAAGGCGGCGUUCCGCCGCUGGUGGCGUUGUCGCUGACCGGGACGGCCAGGGCUAAGCACAAGGCUGAAACCCUACUAAGGUAUUUGAGGGAAGCAAGGCAGGAAACUUCUUCAUCAGCUUGUUCAUCUUCUACAAGUCCAUGAAAGGGUAUUUUGGGUAAUUCAGGUGGUUGAUUUUAUCCUCUGCUUGUGUCAUGGCCUGCGGUUUUUGGCUGUAUAUAGCAAGUGUGCUUUUAAUGGUCUUGUACAGAGGUUGUUGAAUAAAUUUUGAAAAUUCUACUUGAAGAACAAGUGGACAAAAUAUAUAUAUGUUUGUUUCUUUAUUUAUUUAUUAAAGUUAGUGAAAAAUAAGGAGGUGACUUUUAUGGUGUGAUUUUGGUUGACC